AUGGGUUGGAAGGUGGCGUCUCCCACGGAUGGGACGGAUUUGGAAGCAUCAUUGCUAAGUUUUGAAAAACUUGACUGUGCUUCAUCAGAUCUUUGGCCAGAACAAUUGCCAGGUGUUGCUGAAUGUGCAGCUUCCUUCAAAAGUCCCAUUACUGGUUCCCCACCUAAGUGGAUGGCUGAAAUAGAGCGUGAUGACAUGGAUAUGUUAAAAGAACCAGGAAGCCUCACCACAGCUAAUCUGAUGGAGAAGGUACGAGGCCCGCAGAACCUGGCCUACCAGCUGGGGCUGGAUGAGUAAAGAUGACACGGGGCAAGUUCCUCAACAUCCUAGAGAAGCCCAAGAAGUAGCCGCUGCCUGAGCACAGGUGUCGUGGGGACUGUAACCGGGCUCCCUCCUGGGCAGUUCUGACGGUGCGCACCUCAUGCCUCCCUGGGAGAGCCAGAUCUGUACCUCCAGGACUGCCCCUCCCCAUGCCUGCACGCUGCACUCUGAGGACAUU